UUCGCAUCGCACACGACCAGCCCUCUCUCACUCGGGCCAGAAUGUCGUGUCCGCCCGUUCCUUAUCGUUCUCCCUAGUCGCCUACGCUCCACUUAGCAAGGAGUCAUGUGAUCGCGGGUAAAUAAAUAGUAUUCUUGUUCGUUAUGGCGUCACUUCCACCGGCAUCUGACGCCACCACCACCGCCACCACUGCUACCACGAGUACCGCCUCAGCCGGUCUGCAGCAGCGGUCGCCACAGCUACGGCCCGUAGCUGGUCCACAGCAGCGGUCGCCGCAGAUGCGCGCCGCCAUGGCGCUGGACCAGCCGCUGCUGCCCAUCCUCCAGCCGCCGCCUCCCGACUCGACCACCACGCUGCGCUCCGACGACUCGGCGGCGUCGCUGCUAUCAGCAACGGCUGACGGCCGACUGUUGCGCGAAAGCCAAGCGUCGCGCAAUUCGGAAGACGGGCGGUCUCGCCGCGGACACUCGCCGCCUGCGAUCCACGCAUCCCCACCGCCCGUGCCGUCCCGCCUGCCGUCCGCGCAACACCGCUGGCCGCUGCUCCGCCUGCCGGCCCGCACGGCGUUCCUCGCCCUCGUUGCGCUCCUCGCCGCGCUGCUCGCCGGCGGCUCCCUGCUGCUCGCGUCGUCGCCCGGCCCCCCACCGCGCGACCUGCUCGCGACCACCAGCGACACAGACGAGCGGCCAGCAGGCGACGCAUUGCGCGCUAGUGCGCUGGUGGCGGGUGGGACGGCGGGCGAGAGGCGGACAGGGAAUGCGAGCGAUGGUGAUCCGGAAGGAAGGGGCGGCGCGGAUGGCGAGGAGAGAAGAACAGGAGAGAAGGCGAAGCGGAGUGACGCGGAAAGGGAAGGCGCAGGGGGGGGCGAGGGGAGGGAGAGCAAAGGGCAGCGAGGAAAGGAGCGCGCAGAGCGUGGUGAGGGGAAGGGCGCGCUGGAGAAAGUGGUGGCAGCCGUGGCGGCGAAUGGACGCCGGGCGGGCAGCCGUGGCAGUGAGAGCGGCGCAGCCGGCAGUGGGGGCAGGGGGGAGAGAGGAACGGCACGUGGAGGAGGGGGCGCGGAUGGGCAGGCGGCGGGCGAUGGCGGGGAGACGGCUGGUGGUGGCGAAGGGGUGCUGGAACGAGCGGAGGAGAGGAGGAGAGGAGACGGCGGUGAGGAGACGGGAGUGGGCAGUGAGAAGGAUGGGUCAGGGGGGAAGGGAGGCGGCGAAGCUGGUGAGAGCGAUCAGAUGAGCAAAGCGAAGAGGGGCCACGGGAGGAGAGGGGAGAGAGAGGCGGAUGUGGAGAGAGAAGGCAUGAGCAGCAACCAGAAGCGUGCACAGGGGACAGCGACAGACACUAUGACUCAACGCAAUGUGACUCAACGCAAUGUGACUCAACGCAACGUGACUCAAGGCAGCAUGACUCAAGGCAACGUGGCUCAAGGCAACGUGACUCAACGCAUCGUGACUCAAGGGAACGUGACUCAAGGGAACGUGAAGCAGCACGAGGAGGGCACAGCGGUCGCUGACGGUGCCAGCGCUGAGCCCCUUGCAGCGGCUGGCCCCUCCGCCGCGUCCCGAGCCCUGCACCCCACCUGUGACCUCUCUCGUGGCGAGUGGGUGCCGGCCAGCAGCCCGCCUCUCUACUCGGGCGCCACCUGCCCGUGGCUCAGCCCGCAGUGGGCGUGCCGCAAGGCCAAGGACCGCCCCUCGUUCGCCCACGAGGGCCUGCAGUGGCGCCCGGCCGACUGCGACCUGCCAGCGUUUGACCCCGUUGACUUCCUGCAGCGCAUGCAGCACCGCGCCGUGGCCAUUGUGGGCGACUCGCUGGGGCAGCAGCAGUUCCAGUCGCUGCUCUGCCUGCUGGCCAGCGCCGCCCUGCCAGCAGGCACGGAGGACGUGGCGGGGGAGUGGGGCUUUGUGAACAUCCCCGUGAGCAGCAAGUACAAGCGCCUGCGCCCCACCGGCUAUGCCGUGCGCUUCACCGCCACCAACACCACCGUCGCCUUCUCCUGGAGCUCGUGCCUCUGCAAGAUCGCGUACUACAACAUGAGCGACAUGCUGGAGGGCGGGGCCGCCAUGCACGUGGACCAGCCCGAUGACUUCCUGAGCAAACACCUGGGCCGGCUGGACGUGGUGCUCAUGAACAGUGCGCACCACUGGAGCAGGCACAAGCUGCGGGAGAGCAAGUGGGACGUGCACAUAGCAGGGCAGCCAGUCAACGUCGACGACCCCUCACUGCACCUCGAUGUGCACGUCAAUGCACCGCUACCACCACAGACCCACCAGGCAGCUCAUGGCAACAGCAGCAGUGGCAAUGGCAGCAGCAGUGAGGGCAAGGCAGAGGGCGUCCAGGGCAGCAGCGAGAAGAGCAGUGUGAGUGCGGAGGGCAGCACGGUGCACAUAGAGGGCAACGCUGACGUCAUCCACACCCUGCAGCGCAUCGCCCUGCGCUCCACCAUGGCCUGGCUGCACCGCCAGGUGGCGGAGAGGGACAAGGGAGGAGAGGGUGGAGAGGGGAGAGCAGGAGGAGAGGGUGGGGAGGAUGGGUCACCUGCAGCCGAGGGCGAUGCAGGCAGCAGCAGCAGCAGCAGCGGGCAGCAGCGAAGGCCUCCCCUGCUGCUGUUGCGCACAGCAUCUCCGCGGCACUUCUUUGACGGCGAGUGGAACACACGUGGCCACUGUGACCACAAGCGGGAACCCCUGUCCCUGGCCGCCGUGUUGCCGCUCAACUCGUCUCGCGACCCCCCAGCCGAGGCAGCGGUGGCGGGGCUGCCCUCUCUGCACCUGCUCAACGCGUCGCACCUGUCCUCCUUCCGCGCCGACGCGCACCCGUCGCAGUGGGGCUACCUGCUGGACGCAGCCCACCAGGACUGCCUGCACUGGUGCAUGCCGGGCGUGCCCGACACGUGGAACCAGCUGCUCUACGCGCACAUGCUCAUGAGAGAUAUGCAGCAGGGGGGCGGGGUGGGGGAGGUGCGGGAUCCAGGGGGCGGCAUAGAGGAGAGAGCGGCGGAUGGAGGAGUGGAGAUUGGUGAGGAGCAUGGGAGGUGAAGGGAUGGAGGGCUUGCUGUCUUAACCCAUCAUGUAACGGUAACAAUAAAUGGGCCAACUGAAGAGUUAAUUGUGUUCAGCUGUGUCUUUCGUCUACCAUAUUGGAAGUCCCA